ACAACAAGUAACACAGUCCAUUGUGUGACUGCUUGGACCUGUGGUUUCGACUUGAACAAAGUUUAACCAAUUUAAAAAUGGUCUAAUUUCUUAAAUUUUUGUUUCUUGUUAACAAUGCCAAAAUUUUAAAAGCUAUGAAUUAAUACCGCUGUGAUAACAUUACAAAAAAAACAUGUCCUAAUACUUCAACGCCUAAAACAUGAAAUUUUUAAGUAUUUUACUGUCUGUAUCUAUAGUUUUUACAGCUAUUGCAGGAGAUUAUAUUGUAUUUCAUUCAAAAUAUUCAGACUUCUUCAUCUUUCGCGCUGUAAUUGAUAAUAUUGUGCAUGCCAGUAUUGGAACACUAUCUGCAUUAUUAUUUUUUAUAAAUGUGGAUAGAUCAAGACAGGCUUGGAUAUAUAAUAUAAUUUUAUGCACUAUAGUAUCAUCACUGAUUGAUGUGGACCAUUUUAUUGUUGCAAAAUCUUUUCAUUAUAAGGAUUUAACAAACCUAAAAUAUAGAGGUUUUCUACACUGCACAUCUUUAUGGUUCAUUGUAACGACUAUUUUAUUAAUUUAUAGCUAUAUUUAUAGAAAAAAUAAUAUGUAUGUUAUAUCAUAUAUGUUAAUAUUAGCAUAUACUAGUCAUCAUAUUAGAGAUGGUAAUAGACGAGGUCUUUGGGUUUAUCCAUUUGGUCAUACUCCACCAAUUCAUAAAUAUGUAUAUAUUUUAUUAUUAGGUAUAUUACCUAUAAUAUUUGGAUAUAUUUGUCAAUAUAUAAUGCCAAUUAGUAAAAAUACUGUAGUGCAAUAUAGUAUGUUAGUAUAAUAAUAUGUUAUCAGGUACCAUUUGAUUUUACAAUGAACAAAAUUAAACAUUAUAAAUAAAGAGUUAGAGAGAGAGAGUAAGUUUUGUUAAUAAAGAAACCAAUUUUAUAUGGUCUGUUUAUCUGUUGUAACUAAUGUGCCAGAGUAAAAAAUAAAUGCAUAAUUAAUAAUUGCUAUUCUAGUUACCUGUUAUAUUUUAAUUGAAACAAACAUUAUAUUUAUAGUAACAUUUUGUUAUAAUGCGGGUUUUGCUUGAUUGUGAUAAAUAAGCGAUAUAAUAAUAAGUGCAUUAAUACUUUUUAAAAAUAUAUUUAAAAAAAAAUUAUCUGUUUUACUGCAUUUUGCUCCUUAACAGAGAAGUUAUAAAAGCACAUUUGCAUGCAAAAUAUUGGUAUUCUGUAAUCUUGUGAUAUAUAUGAUCAAACUGAAGUUAAAAAAAUUACAGCACUUUUGAAUAUAAGUAUUCAGCUGUAUCUUUUUAUCACAGCGUAACCACCAUUUGACAGUUAAAAUUAUUUAUAGUAGUUAUAAUUAUUAUAUAAUUUUUUAUUAUUUAUGUUGUAAAAAAUUAUAUGCGGCUUUAA